AUGCAACAAUUGUUCAAGUUGGUUGAAGAAUCGGGUUAUGUUUACUGGAGCAGGAAAAAAGAUGAAUCAGAAGUUGUGAGAGAUAUUUUUGGGGCUUAUCCAGAAUCAGUGAAGCUAUUGAAUCUAUUUCCCAUUGUAUUGAUUAUGGACUGCAUAUACAAGACAAACAAGUAUAUCCAACCGUUGUUUGAAAUAGUUGGUAUGACAUCAACUAAAUUAACAUUUGUUGUUGCAUCUGCCUAUAUGGAAUUUGAGCAGAGAGGUACUUUUUGUUGGGUAUUGGAUAAGUUGAAACAGUUGUUUAUUAAGCAGGAUUUUUGUCCACAAGUAAUUUUGACUGAUAGAUAUCUUGCUUUAAUGAACGCCAUUGAAACAAUAUUUUCAAAGACAACUAAUUUUCUUUGUCGAUUUCACAUCAACAAAAAUGUGAAAUCAAAGUGUAAGGAUCAUGUUGUGGAUAAUAUGCGAGAAACUGUGGAGAAAAUGUGGUAUGAACUUAUAAGGGCUGGUGAUGAGAUGAUGUACCAUCAAAAAUUGAAACAACUAGAGGAUGUAUGUGUUGACUCCAAAGAUUUUAUUAAUUAUGUGAUUGACACAUGGUUGACACCGCAUAGACAUCGAUUUGUCAAAGCAUGGGUCAAUCAAGUGUUACAUUUGGGCAACACCACAACCAAUAGGGUGGAGUUUGCGUAUUGGAAACUUAAGCAAAUGUUAAAGAAUAAUUUAGGUGAUUUAUGCAAAUGUUGGGAGGCUAUGAAUGACAAUAUCAAGAUACAAGUGGGCAACAUCAGAGCUUCAUUUCAGAAGAGUUUUUAUGAAGUUAAGCAUGCACACACUAGUCCUUUUUACGCAAAUUUGCGUGGUUCAGUAUCAAGAUUUGCAUUGAGACAGAUUAUUGAAGAGUGGUUGAGGAUUGACAUGGUAGGUACAAAUACUAAAAAAUGUAGAUGUACUCAUAGAAAAAUAUAUGGGUUACCAUGUGCUUGUGAGUUAGGGAGAUAUACAUUAAGUGGUGAUGCGAUACCAAUUGAGGCUAUUCAUAUUCAUUGGAGAAAACUAAGUAUGGAAGAUUACAUCAGACCAUUUAUUGAUGACAUUGUUGAUGUAAGAGAUCAUGGAAAUUGUGGGUUUAGAGCCAUUGCAUCUUUGAAUGGUUAUGGCACAGAUGGAUGGUCAAUGGUUCGUCGGGAUUUGGAGAAAGAAAUUAUAAGUCCUAGAAGCAAGUUGUAUGAGGAAUUAUUUGGUUACCCUAGUUUGAGUUACUUUCCUAAGACGAGUGCACAUUCACCUAAUGCAUCCAUUUACUGCAUUGGAUUUGUAAAUGGAAACCAUUGGGUUCAGGUAAACAUGAAUGAAGGAUUUCUGUUGCCACCUGUCACAACUGAUUGGAAGAAAUAUCGCACAAAAGAUGCGACUUCUUGGAUGGUAGGAUUUGCCGGGCGGCUACAACAUUGGCAACAUCUUACGCCUAUACUGCCAAAAUAUGUUAGAUUAUGA